GUUACCAUUUGAAAAUUUCAAAAUCAAGUUCAUUCGAGCAGAGGUGAGAGGACCAUGGCGAUGGAUGUAGAAGAGAAAGAGCAAUUAGGGUUUCCGUACUGGAAAUCCGUUCGCCGAACGUUCGGGCCCGAGUCUCCCUUCUUUGCUUCUGGCAACGUCGAGAGGGAACUUAUCGCUAAACAGGUUGCAUUGGAUUUAACCGAAGAUGAAAAGGAUAAGCUUCAGGAUUUGGUAGCUAAGGAAUGCGGGGUUUUCUUUUGCCCAAUUGUUGGUUGUGGUUCACGCUUGACUUCUUUGGAGAACUUUGAAGAUCAUUACAAUGCACGGCAUACUGCAUCCUGUUCAAUAUGCUCUAGGGUUUACCCAACAUCACGCCUACUAAGCAUACAUGUAUCGGAAGCACAUGAUUCCUUCUUUCAGGCUAAAGUUGCACGCGGCUAUGCCAUGUAUGAAUGUCUGGUGGAAGGCUGUAGUUUGAAGUUCAAGAGCUACAAAAGUCGACAACAGCAUCUGGUGGACAAGCAUAAAUUUACCACUUCAUUUGAGUUUUUCAAGAAAGCCCACUCAUCUAAGAAACAGAGGCAAAAACUCCAACGCAAACAAGGUACUCAUAAGAGGGAGGAAGCAUCAUGUAUGGAAGUAGAAAAUGAAUCCAUUGAUGGCCUUGUUUCAGCAGUCUCCAAAUUAAGUACUUCGGACUCCUCCCCUUCAUCUGUUAGCUUUGGUAGGCGCCACACCCGUGGACUGUCUUUUGUCCCUCGUGCAGUUCAGCGUGAUAGAAAAAGACCAGACUGCACCGAAGCUGGGACAAGGUGACCGCAAGUAUAUGUACGCAGAUCAAAUUCAGAUUUCACCAUAAAGCCCGCACCUUCUUCCACCGGUUCCUAUGAUUGCUUCUGCAACCAACUUUCAAAGAUGAUUGAAAGAGAGAACGGCUAUUUGAUGCCGUGAAUGAUAUUUAGCCUUUCCCUCUGUAUAUUCACUGGUGUGGAGGAUGGAAACUGGCCGCUUUCCGCUUUUCUUUUCUCCCCUUUGUUUGUAGCUCGUGGUUUCUUGUAUGUCAUUGACGUCCCUUGAUACGCAGACUUUGGAAGAAAGCUUCAUGUG